AUGGAAACCUCUCCCUUGACCCAACAGGCCCGACCUGAAAUAUUCCAGCCGAAAGUGGUCCAACUAUACGAAACGUUAUUCAAGGAUGACGUUGAUACCGACUUGGAAAAGCCAGAAGGCUUUUGGCGCGAAUUAUUCCUUCUAAACCCCGAUCGACCCUCUUUAAAGAGAAUCCUAGACCGACUUGGACCUGACGACCUAAUCAACCUUCAACCGCAAACCCAACAACUAUUCUUUCGAGCUGUAGAGUGCUUGAAAAAAGGUGGUGGCAUCGCUGACCUACAUGCUCUCGAGACUCUAACGACCUUCUUCUCGGCCGUCCUCCCCAAGAAAUACACGAACCCAAGUUCCGAUAUCAUAGCUGUACUGGCGGGGCUAGAUCAGGUCGAUGCCGUUUUUACCGAUUUUGUAGGGGCAUUGGACGGAAUAAUCCGCAAUGGCAAAUCGAUGGAAGUUCGGCAAAAGGCCGUCGAGGUGGUCUUAUCCAUUACCUCAGGCGCAUACCAAACGAGUAUCCUCACGUAUUUUAUACAACGGGAUCUUUUCCCAGCAAUUAUGAAGUUAAUUCAGGAAUCGGAUUCGGCCGAGAAAGUCCUGGAACCGUUCACCCUGUUGGGUUUGCUGGCAAACUACAACAAAUUCGAGUUCCAAAACCCCUAUCAGCUGCGACUUAACGACUUUGUCAAUGAAGCGGCUAUACAAACCAUUGUCCGAUGUGUUGGACACACCUGCAAAAAUCUAAGGGGCCAGUAUAUCGAUAUUUUACAGGAUUUACCCGAGGGAUGGACAUUCAGUAACACCCUAAGCAUGAUUGGACUUGGUGCCAUUGCCCCUGGUGCUAAGACAAAUCAAAAACCAACUUAUGACCCAGAAGUGGCUAAGCAGAUGUUUGCGAAGUUACCGGGUGAGGAUGCUGCUGUGCUAUUAGGAACGUAUGACUUCAGUCAUGCCAACAAGCUCUUUUGCUUCAAUCUUGUCACUUUGCCUGCCGAGAAAGGCGAAGAACAACCCAUUUCUAGUUUCUUAUCCCUAACUUCUUACUUGCUUCAGCACGCUUUCCUCUCCACCCGAGCUACCAACUAUGCGCAUCUCAGUUUGAUGGUUAUACGACUACUUAUCGAAGACCAACUUCUUUGUAAACGCGCGUGUAGCGAUGAGAGCAAGGUCGCCGUCAGACUCUGUCGUCAACGUCAGCCUUUCUUACCCGCCGUCCGAGGUGACCGAAUCUUAGCGACGAGCGUUCUCGAUACGAUGGUUGACGGUAUCAAUCACAAUCUCCGCCGCAGAUUAGAUGUCAGCCUUUACACUUUAUGUGUUGGUAUUAUGCUACGUAUUAUUUCCUACCUCUCGCGAUCGCGGACACGACUACAGUACCAUUGGUCCGAGCUAUUUCGAUCACUUUUAUCCCUCAUCCGGUUCCUCACGACGUAUGCUUCCGACCUUAAAGGCCUGUCGCAUUUCGAUUCCCUCCUAGAUCUUGUGGUAAAUCUUCUAGCUCUCUCCCUCUCUGCGGGCGAGGCAUUCCUUCCUACCCCGGCUGCUUAUGAUGAUCUUUUCUAUAAAGUCGUAGAAAGCGGCGAGGUUCUGGUAAAAUUCCGAGAUACUUACAACCUAGCGACUCGACCGUCGAAUUCAAUAGGUACUCUCAUAAGUGUGAGCACCCACUAUAAGACAAUGCUCGACUCUGGCGGCUCUAAGAGGAACCUCACUAGUACUGAGGUGGCGGAGGUGAUCAAGCAAGGCUAUGAGACGUUAAGUAUUCAAGCAAAGGAGGGGCUUGACGGUUGGGAAAGGUAUCGCGAGGCAGACGAAAGGACACUUCUCAAGAAGAUGGCACGGGCUACGGUGACAGAUGUUCAAGUCAUCGUCCAGGCUUAA